GCAGAUUGCUUUCAUACUAAAACAGAUACUUCUAUCAGCCACCCAUCAUGAAGACCAUCCUGUUGUUGCUGGCUGUGGUAGCUGUGGCCCAGGCAGGCGUGACCUUGACCUUGUCGUCUGAUGACAUUGAAGCGUUCCUAAAGGCUCACAACGACGUGAGGAAUGCUCUGGGUAUCCCGUCUUUGACAUGGGACACCAAACUGGCCGAUUUCGCAAAAGACUGGAUAUCAAAGUGUGUUUUUGAACACAGCUAUUGUGAUUAUGGGGAGAACUUAUUCGGAACUGGAUCUACGACCAAAAACGCCACUGAAUUGGCCUAUAGUAGCGCUUCAGCUUGGAAAAGUGAAGUGGCUUAUGUUGACCCUGACUGGAAAUGUUUCGGUGCGUCAUUCAGAUAUGUCUGUAGUCAUUAUUCACAGGAAAACAUGUUGAAUGAGACACAGGAAAUAUCAUUAGAAAGACACGGAAAAACAUCAUUAGUGAGACACAGGAAAACAUCUUUAGGAAGACAAAAUAUGAUUAGUGAGACACAGGUUAACAUCAUUAGUGGGACAUAA